UACUAUUUUCUAUUCAUUCAAAAUUCAAAAUUAUCUCAAAACCCCAUAGCCAAAGGACGAAGAGAGACUCAGACCAGCGGGAGAGAGUGAGACCGAAAACAAUGGAGAGAACACCACUGAGAAAGCCUCGCAGAGACACUGCCGAUAUGCUGACGUGGAAAGAGGUCCCACACUCCGACUCUCCGCCCACCGCCUCCUCCGCCCACCGCUCUCAUCAGCCGUCGGAUGGAAUCAGCAAGGUGCUCCAUGGCGGUCAGAUCACUGAUGAAGAAGCUCAGAGCCUCAACAAACAGAAGCCUUGUUCAGGCUAUAAACUGAAGGAGAUUACUGGAAAUGGCAUAUUUGCAGCGGGGUCAGGCAAGGAUGCUGCACCAGAAUCUAAUAAUGCUAGUAACAAAACGGGGCUUCGUAUUUAUCAGCAAGCACUCAAUGGAGUCAGCCAAAUCUCAUUCAGUGUUGAUGAACAUGUCACGCCUAAGAAGCCUGUCACUGUUCCUGAGGUUGCCAAGCAGCGUGAAUUGAGUGGGACAUUGCAGUCCAACUCCGAUUUAAAAUCCAAGAAGAGCGGAUCAAAUGCCAAGUCAAAGGAGCUCACUGGAAAUGACAUCUUUGGCCCUCCUCCUGAAGUCGUGCCUCGAUCAUUGGCUGCUGCUCACACCCUGCAAACUAGAGAAACCAGAGACAUUGGGGAGCCUGCACCCCGAAAUCUACGCACCUCUGUCAAAGUUUCAAAUCCUGCUGGAGGUCAGAGUAAUAUUAUGUUCAGUGAGGAACCUGUUUCCAAGACUUCUAGGAAAAUACAUAACCAGAAGUUUGCAGAGCUGACAGGGAAUGAUAUAUUUAAAGGUGAUGUUGCUCCAGGGUCUACUGAAAAGCCCCUCAGCACGGCUAAGCUGAGAGAGAUGAAUGGCAGCAACAUCUUUGCUGAUGGAAAGGCAUCAUCCAGAGACUAUCUGGGUGGUGUUCGCAAGCCCCCCGGUGGAGAGAGCAGCAUUGCCUUGGUUUAACUCAUAAUCCCUGACUUGUUACUUUCCUUUAUCAUUAAUAAAGUCGGUCCCAUCAUAUGAUUUCCCAUAGCGAACUCUGUGUUUUGACUUGUAAAACCCUUCUUGCCCGCCCUGAUGAGAUGAGCAUCUUCGAUCUCUAGGGUUUUGGGGCGUUGGAUGUGAGACUGAGUUGUAGCCAUACAUUUAUAUGUGGGUAGUGUUGGAAAAUUUAAUAAUAAUAUUUAAUUGAAUGGAAAUUAGAAGU